AUGUCGCUGAUGGCCUAUGAUCACUUCAGCUGGGAUGGGGCUUUCGCUUCGGAUUGGCGCUGGCCGGCGGCUGGGGUGCUGAUCUAUUUGGUUCUGGUGUUUCUGCUGGGUGUGGCCAUGAAGGAUGCGAAAGCCUUCGACCUUCAAAAAGUGACGGUGGUCCACAAUCUGCUGCUCUCCGUUGGCUCCCUUCUGAUGUUCCUCGGAACCUUGCUGGAGCUCCUACGGAGGUGGUCCAGCAGUGGAAGCUUCGACUGGUUCUUCUGUGAAGAUGUGCGGCAGUCGCUGGGGCCGUUAUACUUCUGGUCAUAUGUCUACUACCUUAGCAAGUACUACGAGAUGUUGGACACUGUGCUGGUGCUGCUGCAGAAAAGUCGUGUUCCUCACUUCAAGUUGCAGGUCUAUCAUCACGCGGCCGUGGUACCUAUGGCAUGGCUCUGGUGCGAAACGCAGCAAUCCUUGCAGUGGGGUGGUCUGCUGUUCAACACCCUGGUGCAUGUGAUCAUGUACCACUACUAUGCCAUGAAGAUCUUAAACCGUCCCACACCCUGGAAGAAAUGGAUCACCAAACUUCAGAUCCUGCAGUUUGCCACCAGCUUCCUUUUGCUGGGCAAAACCUUGUGGCAUUACAAAAGUGGCGACUGUGCCGGUAUGAAGGCCUUAUUGUACAACUGCAUCUUUAAUGCCACGUUGAUUGUGCAGUCCAUUGGAGUGGACAAGCGAAACAAAGUGGCCAAGAAGGAGUGA